CCAAUUUAACGACACACACACGUGCCGGAUAUCACUGAAGUGACAAGUCAUCCGGACGAAGCUGUUUUGUUUAGUAUUUGGAAUAAAAAACAAGUUCAAAAUGAGUGAUUUUUGCAAAAACGAGUGGAAUUUGGUCGAAAUUUGUGGAAAUGACAAAGAACAGAUUAUUAAAUAUAUUGUAAAAGAAGAAUCUGUAACUUGUCUACUGUGUGAUAUGAUUUCAAUGAAAUGUGAAAUUGUGUCAAGAACAGAGUUUUUUCUUCGCGCAAAGUUUUCAAAUUUCUUUAACAAUCUUUCAGCAACGGAAUACUAAUCUCCAACUAGAAGAUGAUAAAAUCUUGGAAUUAAUAACAAAAUCAAAAGCAUCAGAGUACAAAUUAGAAGAAAAUCAACUCAAUGUCAAAUACUAUGUUUCUGGAUAUCCUUAUCGAUUCACAUGGCACUUAUCAGUGAGAAGCACCGAAGAGUUUAUGGAGUUCUUCACAGCUCCUCUAUUAUGUACCCUGAAAUCAUCUCAGGAGAAAAUUGAAGAGCUCGAAGAACUCUUGAAAAAGAAAGACGAAGAGAUUGCAGGAUAUAAAUUAUCAGGAGCAAUAUUAGUUCGAAAACACCUCGAAACAACUCCGUUCGAUCCACAAACAUUUCACAGAGAUCACGAUUUCUCCUUCGUAAACACUCAUAAUGUCAAGAAAAUCUACAAUCUCUGUGGUAUUUCCAAAGUUCAUGACUCUGUUUUCAGUGAAUCACCAAAAAUCAGCAAAAAUGCUCCUUCUCCUGGAACCUCUCCCAGUACAUCAAAAAUUUCUCCCAUUCGUCGAAGUCGAAUAAUGAAUAAUCUCAAGCGACCCAAAGACGAGAAGUUGCUGUAUGACGACGAAGCUAAUUCGCAGGAAAUAGUCUCAAAUGAUAAUGUCGUGAUCGUGGAGACUGAAACACCACCAGCAAAUCCAAAGAUUCGAAAGCGCCUCAAUCUAUAAUCAGCUGUAAGGAUUCUUAUCGCAUAAUUUCUCAGAAGCUUCAAUAAAUCAACUUUACUGGAGCCACUGGGGCCUGCAUAAAUUCUCAGUUCUAUUUUAGCUCUCGCCUGGCAUGAGUGGUUCUCUAAGAUAUCAGUGGUAAAAUGUUGAAAAAUCUUGUGAACUUGUCCCUGAUAUUUCUGUGCACUUCCUUGGAUAUCAGUAAUUCUACGCAGUAUUGCAAUAAAUCUAUUAUGUGAGGCUCUAUACUAAGUUUAUUUUGAAGUAUUACCUUUAUCAAUAUCCUACAAUUAACAAUACCAAAUAAAAUUUAAUGCAUUACACAGGACACUUUUGUAAAUCAAUUAAUUUUUUUAAUGAAAUAAAUAAGAAAACUUUAGUGUUUCG